GGUAUGAUCAGAGCGCAUAGAAGACAACUCCAUGUUAGUGUUCUGGUCCACCGAACUGUCCACUGGCUAACUUGGAUAAAUAAGACAAAUCUGAUCCCCACUAGGCUAUAUUUGUGUCAUAAAAGACGGACAGAAUUUGCAGAUGGAGAAGAUAUAGAAGGGGAUAGCGUGUCACACUUGGUAGCAAAAAUGGUUAUGAGCUGGAUCAACUGAAAGCUCAUCUGUGCUGACGAGCCCAGGGAAAAUCGACAUGUUGAUUUGAUGAAAAUCAAAUUACCUCCCUGUGAGACCUGUGUCUGAGGAGAUGAACUGCCAUCUUAUUGAAAAGGCCAAGAGAAACAAAUAAGCUCAAUCCUCACGUCACCAUCAAACAUGGCUGAAAAUGGGAGCUCUAGAAUGGACACGCCCACCAACAUCUCAUUGGUCAGCCCCGGGGACCCUGUCUACCAAUCCCUGGAGUAUAAGACGGUGUCCGUCUUCCUGGUGCUGCUGGUCUGUGGUGUGGGAAUCGUGGGCAACAUCAUGGUGGUCUUGGUCGUCCUCACAACACGCCACAUGCGCACGCCCACCAACUGCUACCUGGUGAGCCUGGCGGUGGCUGACCUGACGGUGCUGGUGGCAGCCGGACUGCCCAACGUCUCCGACAGCCUGACAGGCACCUGGGUGUUCGGACACGCGGGCUGCCUGAGCAUCACCUACCUGCAGUACCUGGGCAUCAACGUGUCAUCCUGCUCCAUCACUGCCUUCACCGUGGAGAGGUACAUCGCCAUAUGCCACCCAAUGAGAGCUCAGACGGUGUGUACGGUGUCUCGGGCCAAGCGCAUCAUCGCGGGAGUGUGGUCGUUCACCUGCGUGUACUGCAUGCUGUGGUUCUUCCUGGUGGACAUCCAUGUGGGGCGUGACGGUACAGUGCAGUGUGGCUACAAGGUCUCACGGAGCCUCUACCUGCCCGUCUACCUCAUCGACUUCGCCGUCUUCUACGUGGUGCCCCUCCUCGUCGCCAUCGUGCUGUAUGGCCUCAUCGCCCACAUCCUGUACCUCAGCCCGCUGCCUAACUGCCCCGAGGCCGGGGGGACCGCUAACGCCACCACGCUGCGCCGCAGCUGCCGCGAGCCCCCGGAGAAGGGGGGUCGCCAGGGCCGGGCCAAGAGCGCACUGUCAUCCAGGAAACAGGUGACUAAAAUGUUAGCGGUGGUUGUGAUCCUUUUUGCCCUCCUCUGGAUGCCCUACCGGACGCUGGUCCUGAUCAAUUCCUUCGUGGCCACACCCUACCUGGAUGCCUGGUUCCUGCUGUUCUGUAGGACCUGCAUCUACGCCAACAGCGCCAUCAACCCUGUGGUCUACAACCUCAUGUCCCAAAAGUUCCGCUCCGCCUUCCGCGGGCUGUACAGGUGCCAGAGGCAGGACUGCCACCAGCGGAGGAUGUCCUUGGUGCUGACCAGCUACAGCACUGUCAGGGACCCAAGGACCCCCCAGAACACCAGCAACGGAACCAAUGGGAAUGCCCGCAGAGUUACCAUGAAUUCGACUACCCCCAAAGACUGUAGCACAAAGAGUUGUUCAGGUGACCUUGUGACCUCCUCGCCUAAUGAAAAGAAAGACAGAGAUCCAAUCAACAAAUUAACUGCCAAUGGUAAAAAAGAUCUAGAGUCUACUGAAAACUCAGUAGCCAGUGAAAAAUGUUUGGAUUGUAUAGACACCUCCUUAGCCAAUGAUACGAGAAGUAUUGAUUCUAUGGAUACCUGUUUAGCCAAUGAAACUAGAGAUAUUAAUUCCAUGGACACCUCUUCAGCCAAUGAAACAGGAGGUAUUGUUUCUAUGGAAACUUCAUUUGCCAAUCAAUCAAGAGGUAUUGCUUCUAUGGACUCCUCCUUAGCCAAUGACACAAGAGGUAUUGAUGCUUUGGAAACUUCCUUAACCAAUGACAUGAGGGGUAUUGUUUCUACAGAAAUCUCCAUAGCCAGUGAUAAAAGGAAUAUAGAUCCCAACAGCAUCCCCUCAGCCAAUGACAAGGAAGAGUUAAAUCCUGAAGACAUCUACCAAGAGUCCAAAACAAGGGGGGAGGACACUUAUUCUGGAGAGGACAGUGAAACCUGUCUCCAUGAUGAGCCCAAAGCCCUUCCCAGGAAGUCAAAGAGGUGUGGGGAGGAGCUGAGCCACACUGUCAUAUAAGGCCUGUUACCAUCCAGAGUCUCAUGAUGCAGCUGUCCACCACAGUCAAGGAUGACACGGCCGUCUGGGAUAGAUAAACACAGCCCUCUUAUUAACCACACCCCUUCAACAUCUUCUGUGGUUUGUUUAUCAUCCACAUGUUUAUUUCGUUUAUUUAUCCAGGAAGUGCCAUUGUGUGACUGCCCUAACCUGUACUGGCUGAGAAUAUGCCUUCCCCCUCAUCAUUUUCAUUACCAUCAUCUUAAUCCUUCCCAUCAUCAUCUCCAUUACCAUUCCCAUCAUCUUAAUCAUUCCCAUCAUCAUCCCCAUUCCCAUUAUCAUCAUCAUAAUCAUUCCCAACAUUGUCAUCACCAUCAUCCUCAUUAUCAUCAUUAUCAACAACAUGUUGCUGCCUGUUAACUAAUAUAUUAAUUAAUUAAUUAAUAUUCAUGUUAUUGAAUAUGACAUACAGUAUUAUAUUUCCAAUUCUGUUGCCAAACCAAGGGAGAAGAGGCUGUAUGGGGUUUUCCUUUUUGGUUUUUAGCUCCGAACGCUGCUUUCUAAUGUUUAAACUGCUGUCUGUUAGGCCUGAAGCAUAAAUUGAAAUCUGUGUAUCUGUAGUAAAUGUGUGCCGUGUGUAUGGUGUGUGCAUGAGUUUGUGUGUGUGUUUUUGGAGAUUAUACUGUAAAUGUAUUUCUGCUCAGCCUUCAUCUCAGAGCGCUAAUUGUCUGUGCUUAAUUAUCUAUCAAGGCCUCUCUAGAAACAUCCCAUUGAAGACUGUCUGAAUCCUGGCUGUAUAUCACACGCCUUCCCUCUACUGGUCUAUUCAUCUGGGAGGGUGUGAAUACAUCCUCCCUUGGUCUUCUGCCGUAUUUUGGCUGGCAGUCAGAUUCCACUUUUCUUUUUAUUCUCUCGCUUUCCUCUCCCUUUCGUCUUGGCGUACCUUGUCAUUCGGUUCGGAGACACUCCGAACAAAAGCAGAGCUCUUGCUGUCAGAGGUGCGAGUGUGCGUAGGAGAAGCAGAGGCUUCUGUUGCCACGUGGAGUCGGCAGCACCAGAAGGCCUGAUGGCGGGUGUAGAGGGGCACAACAUCUUUCACUAGCUGUAAUUACAACCUUCUUAGAUAAAAGCUGAAAAUACAUGAGAAGAACUCCUAUCUGUAAUUAUAAGUGUUUGGAUCUGAUAUUCCUCUGGUUUGGAGACAAGAAAGUGUGCCAGUUCCUUUUUUUUUUGGCUGGUGUGAUUUAGCUGGUAUCAUUUUGAAUCUUAGAGAGCUUUGAUGUUGUGUCAUCAGUGUGUGCUUUGUGGCUUUGAGACUUGACAUCUUAAUGAAUGUCAAAGAGCUCUACAGAUAGAUCUAUGCUGUUUAUUGUAAUGGUGAACUAGCUCUGUGUGUGGUGUGGUGUUAUACGAGCAGUUAUACGAUAAUGGCUAUGCUUUAACUAUACGUGAACAUGGAAUAAAGUUUUGAGAAACAUUCUCUUUUCAUCCCAUUUGUUAUUUCUACGUAAUGU